AUGGCUGUGAAAGGCCCAGGCUGCUACAAAAUCACCACGGUUUUUAGCCACGCACAGACGGUCGUUUUGUGUGUCGGCUGCUCCACUGUCCUCUGCCAGCCCACGGGAGGCAAAGCGAGGCUUACAGAAGGAUGCUCCUCCUGAAGGAA